CGCGGCCCCGCGCCAAGUGCGGGAUCCGCGCAGGUCCGGCGCGCGCGGAGGUCUCCCCUGAAGCAGCUUGGAGCUUAGAGGGGGCUAUCCAGCCAGGAGAACUAGAAGGGAAGGUGUGGAGCCCACCCAGGGACUAAGGAGUGAGCAUAACCUACAGCCUGUUGGGCCUGGAGCCUCCAAGUUGGGGGCUGCACCAGUGGGGAGACUUAAGAAGAAUAGAUGCUUCGGCCCUGAUGACAUGUACACGGUGUAAUGACAGCAUUCAAGGGCAUGCUUUUUGAUUUCUGUUGAAGGAAGUCCAGGAGUUGCUGGGGAGCAGGGCCAAGCCCAGCACUUUUUCCCCACAUUCAGAGUGGUUGACACACGGCAUGAACUUAAAAUGUCUUCUUGAGUGGAAUUAUUGGCAGACAUUUUCCAAUGUCCUUUAUAUGUAUGAGGAAAUGAGCAGGUUUGCAGAGAAAGUGCUGGCCUGAAAUUUAAGACAAAGGCGGCGUUGCUUGGCUCUGGCUGAGAACAUGGCCAAUGGCAUUGACGAGCUCAUCGGCAUUCCCUUCCCCAACCACAGCAGCGAGGUCCUGUGCAGCCUGAACGAGCAGCGGCAUGACGGCCUGCUCUGUGACGUGCUCCUGGUGGUGCAGGAGCAGGAGUACCGCACCCACCGCUCCGUGCUGGCCGCCUGCAGCAAGUACUUCAAGAAGCUCUUCACGGCCGGCACCUUAGCCAGCCAGCCCUACGUCUACGAGAUCGACUUCGUGCAGCCCGAGGCGCUGGCCGCCAUCCUGGAGUUCGCCUACACGUCCACCCUCACCAUCACCGCCGCCAACAUCAAGCACAUCCUCAACGCCGCCCGGAUGCUGGAGAUCCAGUGCAUCGUCAACGUGUGCCUGGAGAUCAUGGAGCCCGGGGGGGACGGGGGCGAGGAAGACGACAAGGAGGACGAUGAUGACGACGAGGAGGACGAUGACGAGGAGGACGAGGAGGAGGACGAGGAGGAGGACGAGGAGGAGGACGAUGACACGGAGGACUUUGCCGACCAGGAGAACUUACCUGACCCCCAGGACGUCAGCUGCCACCAGAGUCCUUCCAAGGCCGACCACCUCACGGAAGAGGCCUAUGCAGACCCGCCCCGAGACUUCCCCGACUCCUUUCCGGCCGGCAGCCCCGGCCACCUGGGUGUGAUCCGGGACUUUUCCAUCGAGUCUCUGCUGAGGGAAAACCUGUACCCCAAAGCCGACAUCCCCGACAGGAGACCCUCCUUGUCUCCGUUUGCCCCCGACUUCUUCCCGCACCUCUGGCCAGGGGACUUCGGUGCCUUUGCCCAGCUGCCCGAACAGCCCCUGGACAGCGGGCCGCUGGACCUGGUCAUCAAGAACCGGAAGAUCAAGGAGGAGGAGAGGGAGGAGAUGCCCCCAGCCCCACCGCCGCCCUUCCCCGGUGACUUCUUCAAGGACAUGUUCCCCGACCUGCCCGGGGGGCCGCUGGGCCCCAUCAAGGCGGAGAACGACUAUGGUGCCUAUCUCAACUUCCUGAGUGCCACCCACCUGGGGGGCCUCUUCCCGCCCUGGCCGCUGGUGGAGGAGCGCAAGCUGAAGCCCAAGGCCUCGCAGCAGUGUCCCAUCUGCCACAAGGUCAUCAUGGGGGCUGGGAAGCUGCCACGGCACAUGAGGACCCACACUGGGGAGAAGCCAUACAUGUGCACCAUCUGCGAGGUCCGCUUCACCAGGCAAGACAAGCUGAAAAUCCACAUGCGGAAGCACACGGGGGAGCGGCCCUACCUGUGCAUCCACUGCAACGCCAAGUUCGUGCACAACUACGACCUCAAGAACCACAUGCGCAUCCACACCGGCGUGCGGCCCUACCAGUGCGAAUUCUGCUACAAGAGCUUCACGCGCUCCGACCACCUGCACCGCCACAUCAAGCGCCAGAGCUGCCGAAUGGCACGGCCGAGGCGCGGCCGCAAGCCCGCCGCCUGGAGGGCCGCCAGCCUGCUCUUUGGGCCCAGCGGCCCAGCCCCGGAGAAGGCGGCCUUCGUGAUGCCGCCAGCGCUGGGUGAGGUGGGCGGUCAUCUGGGUGGGGCUGCUGUGUGCCUCCCGGGCCCCAGCCCCUCCAAGCACUUCUUGGCGGCGCCCAAGGGUGCCCUGAGUCUGCAGGAGCUGGAGCGGCAGUUCGAGGAGACACAGAUGAAGCUGUUCGGGCGAGCCCAGCUGGAGGCCGAGAGGAACGCCGGGGGCCUCUUGGCCUUCGCGCUGGCCGAGAACGUGGCCACCGCGCGGCCCUACUUCCCACUGCCCGACCCCUGGGCGGCGGGCCUGGCCGGCCUCCCCGGGCUCGCAGGCCUCAACCACGUGGCCUCCAUGUCUGAGGCCAACAACUAGCUUGGUCCUGGGCGACCCUAGUCCAGCAGCCCUGACUCCCCUCCCUCACAGGCCCAUCCUGGCCACCCAGCGGGUCUGAAUUUUUUAUUUCAAAUCACAAAGGGAAAAUGAAAAAAAAAAGGAAAAAGAAAGAAAGGAACCCUAUGUGUCAGCAGCAAUGGUUUUUCCCAGCCUCCUGCGGCUGGUGUCUGAGAUCUCUGCCCAAAGGGCCUGGGCCCAGGGGGCUGACCUGCCCCUCGCUGUGUCUCUGGCCAUGUCACAGAGGAGGUCACAUCUGGGUGCCCAGGAGCACUUAGGAGCUGUGUGGGGAGAGAGAGCCAGGGGGCUUGGCCAGAAGCUGGUCGGUGGAGCAGCAGUGAGGGGAGGGCCUCCGUGCACACACCCUGGGUGGAGUUAUGUGGUGGAGUCCCCGCUGACCUCUCUGGUGAGUUAGUUUUCUAGUCUCCAGGUGCCCCCUUCCCAGGGUCCUUAUGAGAAAUGCCCUCAUGGCAGGGAGGCCCACAGGAGUUAGGGGCACAUUCCCUGGAGUCCAGGCCCAUUCUCCUCUCUGUCCAGUUACCUUGGACAAGUCAGACCUCUGCACCCUAUGUACCCCAGCUAUGAAGGGGGACCAGUAAUUUCGUUUCCCCUCUCCCGAGAGUAGGAGCUCUGCACUCCAAAGCCUCUGGUGAAACUGGCUGUACCACUGGGUUUAGUUUUACUUCUUCCACAUCUGUAUUAGCACAGAUGAGAAAUGUGGCCAAACUGGACAGGGAUGACAGACAGACAACUGGGAUGGGAUCUGUCCACACCCACAGGCAGCUUUGGGGAACUCCAAAUCCUGCCCCCCUCUCUGAGCCAGUCACUGCGCAUGCCUGGGCCCUGGGGAAAACUAUUGAGCAUUUCCCCCAAGUCCACACCCCCCCUCUGAUGCUGUACAGAAUCUCGUGGGACUCCUGGGGCCAACAUAGAAGGGAUGGGGCCACCUCUUAACACCUGGAUACUGCCUCCCCCACCCUGAUUCCUGGAAACAGACAAGGCCUGGCUAGCCAGGGUUUCUGUUUGCUUUGUGAGUUAUGGGUUUCUCAGGGCUAUGACAUUGCUGGUGAUUGCCCCCUUUGCUGAAUUUGAACACUCAGCCCCUCUCUCCUCUCUCUGGGAAGGGAGAUGGGUGUUUGGCCCCAGUUGGGUGUAAAGGGCUCUGUGAAAUAGGACUGUCCUGGUUCUUGAGUUCAUAGCAGGUCCUGAGAAGGAAGAUGGCUCUGCUGGUCCAGCGCCUUCCUUGCCUUCUCUCCCCAUCCUGCCCUGUCCUCUCUUUUCUUGCUGAGUUUGCUUUUGUUCCUCAGUAGCCCCAAAAGGAGGACACUUCAUCUACAAAGACUGCCCGGAGCUGGUGUCCCCAAACCCAGAGCUGUGGGCACAAAAGACUUUGGUUCUUCCUCUUGCCUUGGCUUCUUCCUGAGCAAACAUAAAGACAAAAACAAAAAGGCCAGAGUAGACCACAAACUCUGUCACGCCCCAGCUCCCCAGAAGAGACCCCUGAUGCCUCACGCCACCAGAUGCCAUUCCAGCCGGAGGGAAGUGCUUCUCACACCUCUUGUCUUCACAAGUGAUCUGCUUGGGCAGCUGCCUCUAGAUCCCCAACUCCAUGUCAGACAUUUGCUUCUGGGACCCAACCUGCCCAUGUCUCCCGUCAGCCAAGGGGUUGGGGCUGCACCAGACUUUCAAAGCGAACAAGGGGAAAUGAACAAAUUAGAAUCCAGUGGUGUCGGGGCUUUUGUUUUUAUUUUGUAAAGGUAAUGACCUCUUAUAAACUCAAUUUUUCAGACGACUGCUUAGUUAUUUUUGUUUUCUCUUGGCUGCAAUUUGGAGUUGUACAUUGUAAAAUAUCCAAAGAUGUUGAGUACUGUAUGAUCAAGAAGAACUUGAAGCAAAUGGGUUGUGGGGGUAGGGGUGGUUGUGUUUUGUUUCGAUUUUUUUCUUUUUUUGAUGUUUCGAUUUCCCUGUCUGUCUGUCUGUGGGAGGACUUUGGAAUUUUUUCUAUUUAUAACUCUUUUUUUAUGUGAUUGCUUUAUGUAAAAUGACACUCAGCAAAGUUUGCCUUAGUGAUUCAAGGGACAAUCUUCCAUAACUUUGGUCGCACGCCGCAUCCUGCCGAGAAAAAACUCAGCUAAUUUUCUGGCCUAUUUAUUAAACAGUAUUAAUUGACUUGAUUAAAUUAUAUUGAGAGUCGCACUUCUGUGAGAGCUGACAGCAACAAGCCAGUCUGGAGAUGUUCGUUGCUUAAGGCUCUGAGAAGGGGGUGUCAUAAGCUUACAAUAACAUCAAAGACGCAUUUACCCAAGAAGUAGAAAACUUCGACCAAUAUUUAGCAAUUUGGAGGACAAUGUCUUGAGUCAAAGAAAGUCACACUUGCUCAGUGCCCCGCCAGGUUGAUUUCCCCCUGCCUAUUCUCAUUUCAAUUGUGUGUUGCAUGGUGGAAAUAUCAGAACACCAUUCUUAAACUGUCUUUCACCUUUCACCCAUGGGAGGUACUGUUUGAUCAUAAACCUUAGGCACCUGUGAGCCUGAGAGUGAGGUGUGUGUGCAUGGAGCCUGUGUAUGUGCACACACAUGUGCAGGCACAGCCUGUGGUAUGUGAACAAAGAAAGUCACAAAGUAGAUGAGUCCUACCAGUUCUCUAGCUUAGCAUCCAAAGUGACCUCCAGGACUUCCUUGGUGGCCUAGGGGUUAAAUCUCAGCACUAUCACUGCCCCAGCCUCAGUUUGAUCCCCGGCCAGGGAGCUAAUGCAUAUAUGGUGCAGCAGACCUCUCGUGUCUCACUGCUGCUCCCCUUAGCAGUGUAUCUCCGUAAAUCUGCCUACUCUGCUCCCUACUCUGUCUCUUGUGAGACACAAGAGACACCCCACACCCCUGCUCCUCAGGCCUACACCCCAGUUCUUCUACAUAAAAAAAGGUGACCUCCAGCUGGCCUGACCACCAUCUUGGACAUCUUUUU